AUGUCCCAUAUGCCUCCAUUCAGGUUAAAUGUUCCCAAUUUAGGCCCCGAUUUGACAGGGCCACCAACGAAUCCAAAAAAGAGGCGCAAAAACUCUCAAGCCCCGCCCAUACAGACCCCACCUAAUGUUCAAGACUUACUUCCACCCCCCCUCACUGGUUAUGGUGACACCAUAGUGGCAUCCAAUCCAUUUGAUGAUUGCCCCAGUAAUGUAAAUACCAUGACAAUGACCCGAGGCCCCCAGAUCCCAAUGGGCCCUAAUAUGGGCAUGCCACCCAACAUGGGUUGUAAUAUGGGCAUGGGCAGACCCCCCAUGGGACCAGGCAUGGGUCCAAUGGGAUCUCCGAUGAUGCACAGUCCGAAUGCAAUGAACAAUCCCAUGAUGGCUAAUGGCCCGAGAAUGGCACACAUGGGACCUGGACCCCACGGAGGACCUCACAUGAUGAACAGUCCCAAUGGGCCAGGUCCCGGCGGACCCAUGCAUCCUGGGAUGACUGGCCCACCAAUGCAUAGUCCCCUCGGUGGUAUGGGGCCUAUGCAAGGACCAAUGGGACCGGGAGGUUGUGGUCCCAUGGGGGGGCCCAUGGGAGUAGGAGGUCCCAUGAAUGGUGGCGGUCCUAAUAAUCAAAUGAAUGGGCCCAUGGGCGGUUCUCCAAUGAGUCAUGGACCUGGCGGACCUCAUGGAGGACCCAAUGGCGGCAUGGGACCAAUGGGAGCUCCAAACGGACCUAUCGGUCCGGGAAUGAACAAUAACAGCUUCAUGAUGUCUCCCAUGAACAACAUGUACUCGAAACCAAUGCCGGUCAGCGCCGGUAAAGUCUACCCCGCCAAUCAACCCAUGGUUUUCAACUCACAAAAUCCGAACGCGCCACCCAUUUACCCAUGCGGUGUGUGCCACAAGGAGGUUCACGACAACGAUCAGGCGAUCUUGUGCGAGAGCGGUUGCAACUUUUGGUUUCACCGGGGCUGUACGGGCCUAACGGAGACCGCGUAUCAAUUGCUGACUGCGGAGGUGUACGCGGAAUGGGUGUGCGACAAGUGUCUCUCGACUAAAAACAUACCGUUGGUUAAGUUUAAGCCUUAGUAUCCUAUAUUCGUUCGCAGCGUAUAGGAUAUAAAUAAUUUGGUCGGUUUAGAAAUGUAAAACUUCGAAUUUUAUUUCGAAACGACUACGAACAUCGAUCGCGACCGACGCGAAGCCGCUAAAUUCUGAUUUAUACAUUUCUAAAAUGGCUAAAUCCUAAAGUGGUUAGAGAAUGGGUGGAUAUUUCAAUCCGGCUAAAUGUGUCGGUAAAUUAAGAAUAAACCAGUACAGGUAGACUUGAUAUAUUUUUCUCACGUUUGCAACUUUUAUCGCGUGCCAAAUUGUUCUAUUUCUAAUUUAUUCUUGGUCGGCAAGUCACCAGAGAAAGAAAUGUUUGUACUGUUUCACAGUUUAGUGGCAUUAUAAAUGACAAUUGCACCACAGUACAUAUAUUCUUUGCAUUUUAUAAAACUAGAUAUUUUAGAUGUUAAGUGUACAUAUAUUUAAUGUGUCAUCUGUUGUCAGGAUUUGUACAUAUUAAGUAAAUAUAUCCAACUACUAGUAGGUAAUUUUGGACGUUCGUAUUUGUGCUAAUAUUAAUUGAUCGUA